CCUCAUGGCGGCCAAGUAUAUGUUGCUCGACAUCAAGCAUCGCUAGCGGACUGGUGGAGGUAGGCAGGCGACUGCGGAGAGAACGCUCGAUAACGUUAGCAGCUGCACUGGGCUGCCCAUCGAUGCUGGUGCAGCUCUAGGUCGUUCGUCAGUAGCCAGCCAUGUCUUCAGGCGGUGGAAAAGGUGCAGGAGCUGGCGAUAGGGAUGAGAAGGAGGGCAAGCAAGACAAAAAGGGAGGAUGGUUCAGCCGGUCCAAAGGGGGAGCAAGCAAAGCCAAGCACGGAUUGGAGAUCGGUUUGCCACACAGCUUCGAACACAUGGUUCACGUCGGAUUUGACCCACACACUGGCGAAUUUACUGGGAUGCCAGAGGCAUGGUCGCGACUUCUCCAGUCGUCCGGUAUCACCAAGACGCAACAGAAAGCUAACCCUCAGGCUGUCAUUCAAGUUCUAGAAUACUACCACGGAGAAGGAAGUAAUGAGGACAAGUCCAAGUUUAUGACCGUCAACAAGAAAUCUAGCCAAUCAGAGAAGCCAGUCAGCGGCGAAAGAAGUGAUCCAUCAACGCCCGUUCCCAAGCCUAGCGAUGCUCCCCCAAGUAUACCCCAGCGGCCUGAAGCCACUAUGGCUAAGAAGCCGCCGCCCACGGGUGUUCCACCGCCGCCGAUUAAGAAAGAACCGACCACAGCACCCACUUCUGCACAGGCUGGAGGAGGAGCUGCUGCCAAACAGAAGAAACCAAAGAUGUCGGAUGAGGAAAUUAUCAGUAGAUUACGCCAGAUCGUGUCUGUCGGAGAUCCACGAAGAAAAUACACCAAGAUGGAGAAGAUUGGACAAGGAGCAUCCGGCACAGUCUACACAGCUGUGGAAGUAUCAACUGGGCACGAGGUUGCCAUCAAGCAGAUGAUACUACACCAGCAGCCUAAGAAGGAGCUUAUCAUCAAUGAGAUCUUAGUGAUGAGGGAAAACAAAAAUGCUAACAUUGUCAAUUACCUAGACAGCUAUCUUGUCCUAGGAGAUAACAGCAACCAGGAACUGUGGGUUGUGAUGGAGUACCUGGCCGGUGGCUCUUUGACAGAUGUGGUCACAGAGACAGUCAUGGAUGAGGGACAGAUUGCCGCUGUGUGCAGAGAGUGCUUGCAAGCUCUUGCAUUCUUGCACAAGAACUCCGUGAUCCACCGCGACAUCAAGAGCGAUAACAUUCUCCUCGGCAUGGAUGGCAGUGUCAAGCUCACUGAUUUCGGUUUCUGUGCUCAAAUCACUCCUGAGCAAAGCAAGCGGACGACGAUGGUGGGCACGCCCUACUGGAUGGCGCCUGAAGUGGUUACAAGGAAGCAGUAUGGCCCUAAGGUGGAUGUCUGGAGUUUAGGCAUCAUGGCAAUUGAAAUGAUUGAAGGAGAACCUCCGUACCUCAAUGAAAACCCACUACGUGCACUGUAUUUGAUCGCAACCAAUGGCACGCCACAGCUUCAGCACCCUGAGCGCCUUUCCGGCUCCUUCAAGGAGUUCUUGCAGCGCAGCUUAGAGAUUGAGGUCGACAACCGCGGCAGCGCUGAGGAGCUUCUUCAGCAUCCGUUCUUGAAGCGAGCAGCACCUCUCUCCAGCCUUCAGCCACUCAUCCUCCAUACCAAAGCACAGCAGAAGAAAUGAGCGGCCCGGUGUGCGGCUGGUUUAGCCCAAGUAUCGGUACCAACUUGUGAUCUAUGUGAGGUGCUGUGCGUUUGUGGUGCAGGUCUACCUAGCGUUCUGUCUCGUCUUCGCCAGGGUGUCUUGCCAACUGACCAGUUGAUACCUAAACCAUUCUUUGUUGUCUUUGUCGGUAACCAACGUUUCAAAGUAUUCUAUUAUUAUUCGUGGAUGAUUGUGGACAGACCUUCCCCUCCAAGGUUCCCAUGCAUGAUCACGUGCAUGUCUCGGAGCUCACUUGUUUAGCCUGUGUCCGAAUUGCUUUCUCUAUGCUUGUGUGCGGGCGCACAAUUGAUAGUAACAUUUUUUUUAAACCAAACGCCUGGCUCUCUCCAGGGUUUGUUUCUGCAGUCUAGUCGUCUUGGCUCUUUCCAGUGCGGUUCUAAAGUAGUUGGGAGCUGAGCUGCCUUCCUGGGAACGACUCGCAGAUUAAUGUUCACCCGGAGCAAAUUAUUCCUUUUGUGAAUCGCAAGCCGCAAACUUAGUUAUGCUGGGACAGCUAGAAGUAUGCUCCGGAAAUAGGGUGAUCCCAGCCAUGCAUACACACCGGACAGUCAAGACUUUAGGUUACACACUAUUUUUAUUUUUUUAGGUUUUUUCUUCUUUUGUACUUUCUCCAAUCGUGAAAUUGACAUUGACUUCAAUCUGACAGCAUCGCUUCGACUACUUCUCAAAGAAAACAAGAAGAGUUGGAAGAGAACAUAAUAAAAUCAAUUGUUAACGUGA